CGACAAGGCAAGGGUUGCACCAAGCAGAAAGAAAAAGUUUGAAUUCAUAUUCACCGCCCACCGCCUACCCCCACCAACAUUUCUUUCGCCAGAACAGCCACCACCAACAACCAAUAACGUGCGCCAUGGCCUGCCUCAACUGCACCGCUCGAGCUCUCCGCCUUUUCAUUCACGGCCCUCCGCCCACGAUUGCAUCCCCACUCCGUCACAAUGCCCUCCGAAACCCACUCGCACUACAGGCCUACCCAAAGCGACUCCUGCAAUUUCAGCAACUCCGCCGAGAGUCAACAUAUGUGACGAAUCAUGAGCAAGCACAGGCCAUCGGCACCGACGAUGAUUACCUCCCCUUUGUAAAUACUUCGACUGCGGACGAAGGCGACGGCGAUGGGGUAAACCUGGUCGCUCAAAUGCAUCGCCUGCCUCCGCCACCGCCGCAUAUGGAGCCGGAGAUCGUGCUCACGGGUGAGGGGAAGGAGGGAAAGUUUGCAGGAGAAGUUAAGGACAGAAAGAAUCGUCCCCCCGUGCGGGCAGCGCUUCGGGAGAAAGACAGCCACAGCACACAAGGCGAACCUUUGCCAGCAAAGAAGCCACGGACUCGAGCAUUCACAAGCAGUUAUGAAGCAGAAGAGCGGAGGUUGGCUGCUGAGGAGCCAGAGACGACGCCGGUCGAAACAGCGAAGACAUCGUGGGGUGAUAGCCGGAAGGGCAAAUGGGAUUUACCACCGGUCGAAGACGCCGUAUCGCCGCCGAUGACCGAAACAAGGCUCCAAAGCUACAUCAAAUCUGCGGGAAAGCGCGAAGUCGAAGCAUGGAGAGUCCAAAAAGCGGCGUUGGCGGCGAAGUUCGGUGCCACGGGUUGGUCACCGCUGAAGAAGCUCUCUCCCGAAGCAAUUGACGGAAUCCGGUCCCUUCACGAUCACCAUCCUGAUAUGUUUCGCACCCCAGAACUAGCAAAAUUGUUCGAAGUCUCCCCGGAGGCUAUCCGGCGCGUACUAAGGUCGAAAUGGCGGCCGACGGCGGAUGAGCAAAUGGAUAGGAUGGAGAGGUGGGAGAGACGCGGACGCGCGAUUUUCAACACCAAGGUGGAUCUCGGGGAGGUGGUGACCAAGUCGAUGAAGAAGAAAGAGCGCAAGUCGAGGGAGAAGACGCGGGAGCAGAAGUUUGGUGGGUCUCUGAUGGAAAGAGGUGCAUUCUCGGACCGGAUCUUGUAACGAGAGACUUUGGACAAGUCAGUGUGUAUGAUUCAUAUUGGUGCCUCUAGCGAUUUUGGCGGUGAUACUCGACUCGGUCUAGUGGUCCGCGGUCUAUGUAAAUGAUACUGAUACUUUAUGCGAAAGGCCCGAUGUUGUGUUGGUUCAUUUGUUCAUUUCGUCCCAUUGACUUGAACUCCGGAGAAUUGCUGUUCUCAAACAUGAAUCGAUCGUCAUUGGGACUGCGCUCUUGUGAUGUCCUCAUAGAAUAGCACUCGUGACUCAUGCGAGUAUGUAGCGCAUUUAAAAGGACCGGAAAUUGAGCAGAAGUUCCUUUUGCCGACACUUCCUCUAGCG